UUUCGAGCGGAGACUCUCCUUCCCGUGUGGCAUUGCGCACAGACAAGGGGGUGCCGUAGGAGGCGCCUCCUGUCUGGGCGCGAAUGCCGCUCGCGACGAACGAGAACUGCCAGGCCAUACUGGGCCUGCGGCAGCGGAAAACGCUCAGGCUGGCGAGCGGCCCUAUAUCCACCCAGUCCGCAACUCGGAGUCCUGGCUGCUUCUGGAGCCCGUUCGGCCUCGUCAUUUUCCUAAGCUUCGCAACCCGCUUCUAUCGGCUGCGGGAGCCGCCACACAUCUGCUGGGACGAAACACAUUUUGGAAAGAUGGGAAGCUAUUACAUUAACCGGACCUUUUUCUUUGAUGUCCAUCCACCUCUAGGGAAGAUGCUCAUAGGACUUGCUGGUUAUCUGAGUGGCUAUGAUGGCACCUUUCCUUUCCAGAAACCAGGGGACAAAUAUGAACAACAUAACUACAUAGGAAUGAGGGGGUUCUGUGCAUUCCUUGGUUCAUGCCUGAUUCCCUUCUCUUAUCUUACGGUGCUGGAGUUGUCCAAAUCUCUGCCUGCAGCAAUGCUCACAGCUACCAUUCUGAUUUUUGACACAGGGUUCAUUACUCUGUCUCAAUACAUUCUGCUUGAUCCUAUUCUGAUGUUCUUCCUCAUGGGAGCUGUGCUCAGUAUGGUCAAGUAUAAUUCCUGUGCCAACAGACCCUUUUCUGCCCCCUGGUGGUUCUGGCUCUGUUUGACUGGGAUAAACCUCGCUGGUGCGACGGGGGUUAAAUUUGUUGGCCUUUUUGUAGUCCUCUUGGUUGGACUGAACACUAUUUAUGAUCUUUGGGAGCUGCUGGGAGACUUCAGUGUCUCACUGGUCACUCUGGGGAGGCAUUUCCUAGCCCGUGUGCUCUGCCUCAUUAUGCUGCCACUUGUCCUCUAUACUGCUCUGUUUGCUGUUCAUUUUGCAGUGUUAAAUAGAAGUGGGCCUGGCGAUGGCUUUUUCAGCUCUGGAUUUCAGUCUCGUCUGAUUGGGAACAACCUUCAUAACAUGUCUGUUCCAGAGUACUUGGCAUAUGGCUCUGUGAUAACAAUGAAAAACCUUCGUAUGGCAGGGGGAUACCUUCAUUCACACUGGCAUCUGUAUCCUGAGGGUGUGGGGGCACGGCAGCAGCAGGUCACUGCAUAUUUACACAAGGACUUGAAUAACUUGUGGAUUAUAAAGAAGCACAACUUGAACACAGAUCAUUCAGACCCUUCCUUCACCGUGGAGUUUGUGAGGCAUGGAGAUGUUAUCCGCUUGGAACACAAAGAGACUUCUAGAAACCUGCAUAGUCAUCAGCAUGAAGCCCCCUUGACAAGAAAGCAUCUUCAGGUCACUGGGUAUGGCAUAAAUGGAACUGGAGAUUCCAAUGAUUUCUGGCGAAUUGAGGUUGUGGGAAGAAAGGCUGGGAAGCGUAUCAAAGUCCUACGUAGUCAGAUCCGGCUGAUUCACUUGGCUACAGGCUGCAUCUUGGGUUCAACUGGAAAGAUAUUACCAAAAUGGGGCUGGGAGCAGGUAGAAGUCACUUGCACUCCAUAUCAGAAGGAGUCUCCUAAUUCUUUCUGGAAUGUUGAAGAUCACAUCAAUCCCAGAUUGCCCAAUAUCAGCCUGGAUGUUCUGAAACCUUCCUUUCCAGAGAUUCUGCUGGAGUCUCACAUGGUUAUGAUCCGAGGGAAUAGCGGCCUCAAACCAAAGGAGAAUGAAGUCACAUCUAAACCCUGGCACUGGCCUAUCAAUUACCAGGGCCUGCGUUUUUCUGGAGUCAAUGAAACAGACUACAGGGUUUAUUUGCUAGGAAACCCGGUGAUCUGGUGGCUGAACCUAAUCACUAUUGGAUUGUAUCUCAUGAUGGCAAUAUUCGUAUCUGUGGCCAUGAAGAGGGGAGUUCAGCUGACAGCUGAGCACAAAGAGCUUUCUCAAGUCCUGCUGCGUGGUGGAGGAAGGAUUAUGCUGGGAUGGCUUCUCCAUUACUUUCCUUUCUUUAUGAUGGGCAGAGUGCUCUAUUUUCAUCAUUACUUCCCUGCCAUGCUUUUCUCUACUAUGUUGACAGGAAUUACAUGGGAUGUCUUCCUGAAAUUCUGUGCUUGGUCUCUGUCAGCCAACAUCCAGACUAGGAAGGUUUAUAAUUAUGGGAUAAUGGGGUUGAUUCUCCUCACUAUGUACAGCUUCUACCUCUUCCAUCCUCUCUCCUAUGGAAUGAUAGGACCUCUGGCUUCUGAUCCUAACAGCCCAAUGGCAGGGCUUAGGUGGCUGGAAACAUGGGAGUUCUAGAUACAACCUGAAAAAAGGGAAUGAAACAGAAGAACAGAAGUGGUGAAACCCAUUACUUGAGAGCUGUGGAGUAUCUGUUCCCCAACUGCAUUUCUGUACUGAGACAGUGGACUGUCAACUUUGAGGUCUGAGAAAAGGAGGCGGCAACCAUGAAGGAGAACCAGUGGAGCUCCAGUUAUAUGAGCCUGCUGCUACUUUAAAGUUUAAACCAUCCAAGCAAUAUGUUAACAGCCAAAUGGCUGUGACCUUCACAGCAGUGUCAUUUUUGUGUGAGUUGGAGGGUGUAUAUGUUUUGCGAGGGUAUAAUAUGUCUACCUGACUCUGUUUAUAUGUGAUUUAACAGUGCUCAGGAAAGAUCAAGCAUGUGUAAGAGAGAGGAAACAGUCUUCUGAGAUCAAGACAGUUAAUAUCUAAUUUAUUUGUUUUUUGUUGAUCUUAAAGGGGUAUGUGUGUAGAGGAGGCACAUAUACACACACUUGUAUGUGUUCCUGAGAUAAGCUGCUGUUCUAAGUUUCAGGAACUUGGACAUAAAGUGUGAAGCCUUCUGAAAUUCUGUGCCUUGUCUGCCCCUCAGACAAAAGGCAAUGAGGUGUUCAUAUCUUUGCAUAAUGCCUUUGCUGCCCGAGCACAGAUAUCCAUUCAAAAUAGACUUAGCAGCAACCUGGAAGAUCUCAUGCAGCAAUGAAGCUGUGGCAUUCCAGUCAUCACAUUGCUCUUUAGUUUAAGAAGCUCCAAAGAAGAGAGAUCUGUUCAUUUUUUAUUUUUGUUUUAGGUUUCCUACCCUAAAUUCCUCUGACAGUGAGGAAUGGUGCCUUUGGUGUGUGUGUGUGCAUGCCAAAAGUUGAACACAUAAUAAGUUAAAGCUUGUGCUGAGAGCUUUAUUGUCACUCAUCGUACUAAUCUGGUUGCCUACUAACACUCCUUCCAGCGGGGAAGCCGGUACUUCGUUAAUGAAUGUAGAGUGUGUAGAACAUGCUGCUAACUGUUAUGAUAUUGGAAUGUUGAUUUUUAUAUAUAUAUAUAUAUAUAUAUGCAUAUUAUUUUUGAGGAUAAUUUAAUUACUAUGCUGUGAUAAGCUAUCAGAAAAGAGGAGAUGUAGCCUGAGAGCAGAACAAAACUCUUCAGUUGGUUAGAGGGAAUGCACUUCUGACGUUGGGUUUGUUUUUUUUACAAAAUCUGGACAAAAAGAUUGAGCAAGGCAUUCUCCUGCAACAUGUUUUUUAAAUUCCAAUUUUUGUUUUCCAGAGCAAAUUUGGUCUUAUCUCCAGUCAAAUUGGUCCCCGAAGUCUCCUUUUGUAUAUGAAAAAAAAAUUGAGGCCACCAAAUAAUUCAUUUUAGCGUCUGCAUUAAGCUUGAAGCCUGCCACUUCCUAUCCCUCUGUGCCAUCAUCAAAGGGAUAGCUCUGUUGGCAUGGAGACUAUAUGCCAACAUCCCCAGGAGAGGCUAGGUGAAUAUGAGCUAUGCUGACUGUCUGAAACUCAGACUGCCAAGCCCAUUAAGAGGGGAAAUGAAAGACUGUUUUAGCUGGUCUUGCUUAACAGUGUAAGACUGCCAUGACCAGUUUUUAGUUAGCUGUAGUAAGCUAGCAGAAGCAGUGAAGGGUUCCAGCCUUUUAUUUUAACUGCCCUUUUGACAACUAACAGGAAUCACUGAAAUGAGUUAUUGGUUUUGAUACACUUACCAUUUUGUAUGACAGGAAACAUGCUUCUUUGGGUUAUCUGACUCUUCAGAGAUUAUAUAUAGAAAAGAAGGGAAAUCAUGAAAACUUUCCAUUCUUCACCUCUGCCACUGAGAGAGACAGCAGACUGCAAGUACAAUAGAUUAUAAGCAGUAGCAGCAUAUCUGAUAAUUAUAAAAAGGCAAUAAGAUAUGCAAGGGGCUUGGCUAUCUUGUACUUCAUUAAGGGCUCAAGUGUUACUCUUGACUAGAUUUCAUUGAUGCGAGGUUCCAUCACUUGGUGCCUAAAAUGAACUGUUCAUUUUUACCUUUAUUUCUGGAUUCUACAUUAUAGUACUCUUCUAUAGCAGUUUAAAUAUGUACACCCCUUGGAGCAGGUAUGGUUGCUUUUUGGAGGAGGGAAACCAUUUUUUUUCUCCUUAAGAAUUAGAGAUUGACCAAGGAAACAUUUUUACUACUUAAUUCAAAUAUUCAUCAAGAUUCUUCCUUGGAUUCUGCAGUACUCCAGUGGAUGACUGUUCAAUGUAGCCUUGCCUUGCAUUCUGAGAAAACUCGCAUUCCAACAUACACAUGUACACCCUAAGAGAACUAUCCCAAGCUGGAAAAUGUUGCAGUUACGCCUUCUGACGUUUGUCUGGCAGAACUGCUUUACUACUGUUGAAAAGGAUCGUUGAUACUAAACAUACAAAAUCAGACUGUAUUUAAAAAACCAAUGGGCUUCAUAGAACCAUGUAGCAUUAAGAGAAGUAGUUGGCCUCUUACCCAUCCCCUCUAGGAGAUUCUAAUAAAAACCUCUGGAUGCCCCCUUAACCCUUCCAGUACCAGUUACAGAGCAAGUAAUUAAAUGUUGUAGACAAGAUCUGUGAUCCUGAGUUGUUUUGAGUGACUGUACCUUAGCUGGUCAGCAAAUAUGAUUUAGCUGUGGACAAGCCACCUUCCAUUUGGUAAAGGGUGUUAAUGGAUGCUGGUGUCUCUAAACCAUUAAUGCCUUUCUACAAAUCUCUUCUUGGCUUUUCAGGGCUUUGAAAUCUUAGCUUAGCAACUCACCUAUUGCCACACAGUUCUUAUUAACAAUAGCAACAACCAUUCAUGUUUGGAGCCUUUUUUCCCUUUUGAAAACUCCCACAGUAUUUGUCUCAAGAGAGUAUGGAUCAGAUUGUGUUUUCUUGACUGCAAAAACUUCUUAAAGAAGACAGGCCUAUAUGGCUCUGCAGAUUUCAUCCAUGAUGUUUAAAGGGCAGUAAAAUUUUGUUGCCCUUCCAAAAGUUUGCAUUUAUAGGAUCAUUGACUUCCCUCCCAAUGGCUGUAUUUACAUAGCCUAGACUCUGGAUCUAGUAAUCAGAACUGUAUACUUAACAUAUUCUAUAGAACUGCCUCUUCUGUCCCCUUCCCCAUGCUGUUAUUAGAACCCAGAGGAUAUUGUCAUGAUGCAAUGCAUGCCUAACUAAAACCUUUGUCUUGAGCAUAGUUUUUUUCUUCUGUACUAGUGCAGGAUUAACAAAUAUUCUACAGCAUUCCUUCUAAGAAGGAACAAUGAACACAGCAAUAAAAAAAACCCUGAUCUGCUUCUUGCAGGAUGAUAUUACGGUAGCUCUCUCCUAACUUGGUUUCUCAUUCUGUUUGUUAUGGUCAAGAACCCCAUGUCCAGAGUGCACCAGAUAAUGUUUGUCAGAAACCACUGUUCUUUUAUUUAUAUAGAAUCCUAACUGAUGUGUAGACAGAGCUGAACUACUCAUUCAGAGACAUCCCAUUGUCAGCAUUUCCUGAACUGUAUCAUUUGAGAUUGAAAAUAGAGGAUCAAUCACAUUUGAAUAUUUCUUCACUUAAAAACAAAUAUGCAUAUAUACUGCUAGCAUAUCAGGUAGGCUGGGCUGGAACCCUUCUCUCUGAUAUGGGAACUUCUUGCAGGCAGGAAAUUUCUGAAGUGGAGGAACAUUCAUGCAAUCCUUCACUUCUGUCCUGAAGUGAGUGCUGCACCAUGUAAUAUUUCUGAAUCUGUAGUUCAUCUCUAACUUAAUUGUUUUAAAGGAGUGAUUUGGGCUGUGCCUUAGGCAUCAGUGGGUCUGUAGUUAUGUAUUGUCUAGUGAUCUUAGACAACCUUCUGCAUUAUGAAUUUGUCUUACUAAUGCUGCUAAUAUUGAAGUGUGUGUGUGUUGUAUGUGUCUUUUGUACAUGACCACCAUCGGUAUUUCUAACAAUGUAUUUCACUGCUCUGCGGUGUAAUGCCACUAAAUGGAAGGAUAACUGUCUUAGGACAGGCACUGCUUUUUGUAAAGGGAUUAAGUGAACAUUGAAUAGAUUUUUCUUAUGUAAUAAAU